AACAAAGGGAGAGCUAAAGAAGAGAAGGAAAAGAAAAGGGUCCAAUGGGAGGCAUUGCUUGGACUGAAGAAGAAGAUUACUUACUCAAGAAAUGCAUUGAACAACAUGGAGAAGGGAAAUGGCAUCGUGUUCCUCAAUUGGCUGGUUUAAACAGAUGUAGAAAGAGUUGUAGAUUAAGAUGGUUGAAUUAUCUUCGUCCAAAUAUCAAAAGAGGAAGCUUUACACCACAAGAAGUUGACCUCAUUCUCAACCUUCACAAUAUCUUGGGCAACAGAUGGUCAAUCAUUGCUGGAAGAUUACCGGGAAGAACAGCAAAUGACAUAAAGAACUAUUGGAAUUGUCAUCUGAGCAAAAGGCUGAAUGGUCAAGGAGUUGAGAAGUCCAAUUCCACAAAGGAAGCAACCAUUUUUGGCAAACCACCAAAGUGGAAGCCACUUCAAGAAGAGAGCAGCAAAUCAAAAGGAAAAGAAUAUGUUGAUGAUCAAAAUGGAGAAAUUAGCCAAGGAAUAUUGGUACAAAAUAAUGACAAUCAAAAUUUACCAAUUGUAGUUGAACAAAAUAGUAGCAUGAGUUUGGGAGAUAUGCAAAUGGACUUCCGAUUUGAUCAACAAGUGGUCAAAGCAAUGGAGGAUGAAGAUGGCUACAACAAGAGGGAGCUUUGGGAUGAUUGGAUCUCAGAAAUGGAUCUUUGGAUUGAUUCUUUAUGAGAGUGAAGGAGGAAAUUAAUUAUAUUUUAGCUAUUAGCUCUCUUGCAUGCAACAAAUGAAUGUAGCAUUUUAAUACUAAAGUUUGCCUUUAUAUUAUCAUAUGGUAGCAUCAAAUAAAACUUGUUUAUGGUUAUUUUUAAGUUGAAAUAUUAUUUCUCUUCCA